UAUCAUCUAUGUCAAAGAGUAUAACGGCAUUACAAAGAAAGUGUCAAACGCUCCAGAAAAAGGUGAAAGAAAUGCAAAAAAAACCCAACAUCACCGCAAAUUCCAUACAAACAGACAGAAAGAUGAAAUUCUACACAGGUCUCCCAACAGUAGCUGCAUUCCACGAACUUUUUCAAUACCUGGAACCUAGGGCAAGGAAACUUCGUGUAUGGAGAGGGGCCAAGCGGCAAAGCGCAAAAAAGAGGAAUAUUGCAACACACAGGAAGUUAAAGGACGAACUACUAAUGGUCCUUAUGCGGAACAGGCUGGGACUCCUAAAUGAAGACGUGGCCGACAGGUUUGGUAUCUCUCCUUCCGUGUGCAGUAACCUGUACAACACGUGGGUACCAUUUCUCAGCAGAGAACUGAAACCACUCAUCAUCUGGCCGUCAAAAGACGUAGUAAGGGCCAACCUUCCUGCCCCUUUCAAGGCGUAUCCGAACGUCCGCUGCAUUAUUGACUGCACGGAGAUUUUCAUUGAAACUCCGAAAAAUCUGGAUAGCCAAGCAGUCACCUGGUCGGACUACAAAAAACAUAACACACUAAAGUUCUUAAUCGGAAUCACACCGAAUGGCGCUGUAUCGUUCUUGUCGGAAUGCUGGGGAGGCAGGGCAAGUGACAGGCACAUUACACUGGAGUCUGGAUUCCUCGACAAAGUGGAGCCACAUGAUAACAUCAUGGCCGACCGGGGGUUCAAUAUACAAGAGGAUUUGUUGUUCCGGCAAGCUUCACUCACCAUACCUCCUGGGGCCAGGGGGAAAUCACAGAUGUCAAGAGGUGACGUCGAAAGGACAAAAAGGAUUGCCAACGUGCGAAUACACGUGGAGAGAGCAAUUCAAAGAGUAAAGACAUUCAGAAUCCUGAAGAAUGAACUCCCCAUUUCAAUGAUACCGCAUGCUGAUGAAUUAGUCACAAUCUGUGCAGCAAUAUGUAAUCUUAUGCCUCCACUUGUGUAAUUUUUUUACACAUUUUAGAAUCUCCGUGCAGUCGAUAAUGCAGUGGACUUUCGGAUACGCCUUGACGGUGGCAGGAAGGGUGCCAUUAUCACUAUUAUGACUACGUCUUUUGACGGCCAGAUGAUUAGUGGUUUCCGCUCUCUGCUUUCUACCCAUGUGUUGUACCAAGGACAGGUAAUCUCCAGGCAGAUCUUUUGGUGGCAAGACAGUAUCCAUUGGCCAGAGGAGUGUCCAUUAGCCACGCUUGGAGAUUAAGGACAGGUACAUGGAAGGAGAAAUACCAAAUGAAGCCCAGCAUUAGUGCCUGAUGUACUAAGUUCAAGUUGACACGAGAGAUAUUGUCGCGUUGGCUUUGUUUAGAAAUUGAUUGACUCCAAACAGUGCUUUCAGACCUUUGUUGUACAAGUGUUUGUUUACCUUGAACGUACCGGCUGCAUUAACAACAAUACCAAGGUAACAAUAGUUUGUAACUAUCUCUACUACAUUGCUGUUGUAUUAAUAUUGCCCUAGGUUCCAGGUAUUGAAAAAUUUCGUGGAAUGCAGCUAUUGUUGGGAGGCCUGUGUAGAAUUUGCGGUGAUGUUGGGUUUUUUUGGUAUUUCUUUCAUUGGUCUAUUUAAGGUUAACAUUCAGUAGUGCCAUGUUUUACAAUUUGUUUCUAAUCUACUUAAAGAUGUUUGUAGACCCCGUUGAGAUUUAGAAAAUAUGUAUAACUAGCUAGGUCAUCUGCGUAUAACAAGCAAGGCACUAUCUUAUUAUGCAAUAUGGGAGGGUUACAAGAAUGAUCAUUAAACUCAUUUACUGCCUAAUGUAUAAAUUAAACAGUUUUGAACUCAGGUUACAACCUUGUCGAACCCCACAUUUAGUUACGAAAGUUUCGUUAAGACCGCGGCUAGUUUUGGUAUAAUUUGUUGUUUUGGAAUACCGUGAUAUCUUUGAUAGUCAUUAAAAAUUUGCCCACUAUUCCAAGUCCAGUCAAUUUUUCAAUGUAACUUGCAAUUAGCCUUCGGGCGUGGAUUUACAAUAGACUUAUAAUAACUCAAAUUGAAUCAUGUCAACAUAUGAUUCAUAUACUAGUAUUCAUUGUAAUGGAUUGCAACGUAACAAAGUAUAUGCUAUUAGAAAAUUGAGUUAGAAUAUUGAGAUGUGAAACGAUGUAGUUUAAUGAAAGGCGACAUAUUACACUUAGCGGCUUCCUUGCAGGAGUGCAUCAGACAAAUACUCAUCGAAAAAGAAUACUAUAUUAGACUGUACACGUUUCCAGUACUCUUGGUCAAACCCUAUUCUCUCACAGAUAUAUCCAUGUUCCGUCCAAGAAAAGAAAUCAGUGUACUUGUAACCUGUUAGGGCCAUUUGACCUUGGCACUGCGUAUAAUACUUGUGGGUCUUCUUAAGUGCGAUGCUCUUGCCAUUUCCUACUUCUAGGAAAUCUGUCUGAUCAAACAAUUUGUUAGGGUCACCAAACCUGAUCUUGUACGGACAUUUUACCUCCAGGCACCCCCAUCCACAACAAUCGCAAUGGACAAUUCUAUCAGGACUUGCACCGAUAUACGGGAAAUUCUGACACACAAAAA